AUGACUCAUUCCUUCUCAAUUUGCGUUAAUAACGGAGGCAAAGAUGGAAACACGGAAAUAAGGUUACCUCAGAAUCGAUGCGAGGGCUCAUCUGAAACACGCCGCAGAGGCAAGGACACGACGAAACGAUGGUCUGGUCGAACGAACGAGCGAGCGAGCGACGGCGACGGCGACGACGACGAAGAAAUCGUCGAUCAGCUGUUGAAGAGGACAAAUGUAUGCAUGACUCAGCAACCCCUGGCGGACAGAACAUACGCGACUACGUUGUCAUGA